AUGGCACAGAAAAGAGUUCAGCUGCAUUCAGAGGAGUUCUAUUGUUCCAUCUGUCUGGAUCUCCUGAAGGAUCCGGUGAUGGUUCCCUGUGGACACAGCUACUGCAGCAACUGUAUUAAAAGCCACUGGGAUAAAGAGAAGAACAAAGGAUUCUACAGCUGUCCUCAGUGCAGAGAGAAGUUUAUGCAAAGACCUGACCUGAAGAAAAACAUCAUGCUAGCAAAGUUAGUGGAGGAUCUGAAGAACACUGGACUCCAAGCUGCUGCAGCUGAUCUCUGCUCUGCUGGACCUGAAGAUGUGUCCUGUGAUGUUUGCACUGGGAGGAAGCUGAAAGCUGUCAAGUCUUGUCUGGUCUGUUUGGCCUCUUACUGUGAGGAACACCUCCAACAUCACUACAAAGCAGCUCCACUGAAGAAACACCAGCUGGUGGAGCCCUCCAAGAAGCUCCAGGAGCAGAUCUGCUCUCGUCACGAUGAGGUGAUGAAGAUUUUCUGUCGCACCGAUCAGCAAUGUAUCUGUUACAUCUGCACCAUGGAGCAACACAGAGGCCAUGAAACAGUCCCAGCUGCAGCAGAGAGGACGCAGAAGCAUAAGGAACUGGAGGGGGGUCGACUAAACAUCCAGAGGAGAAUCCAGGAGCGAGAGAAAAACAUGAAGCUGCUUCAGCAGCAGAUGGAGGCCAUCAAUGUCUCUGCUGAUGAAGCAGUGAAGAACAGCGAGGAGAGCUUCACCCAAAUGAUCCGCUUCAUUCAGAAAAGAAGCUAUGAGGUGAAGCAGCAGCUCAGAUCCCAGCAGCAAACUGCAGUGAGUAGACUCAAAGAGCUUCAGAAGAAGCUGGAGCAGGAGAUCACUGAGCUGAAGAGGAAAGAUGUCCAGCUGGAGCAGCUGGCUCACACAGAGGACCACACCCAGUUUCUGCUCAGCUACCCCUCAGUGUCAGCACUCAGUGAGCCCACACACUGCUCCAGAAUCCAGACUGCUCCUCUCAGAUACUUUGAGGAUGUGGCAGCAGCUGUGUCAGAGAGUAGAAACAAACUACAGGACAUCCUGAGAGAGACAGGGACAAACAUCUCACUGAGAGCCGCUGAAGAGGAGCUUUUACUACCACAACCACAGACCAGAGCAGACUUCCUACAAUAUUCACAGCAGAUCACACUGGAUCCAAACUCUGCACACAGGCAGCUGUUAUUGUCUGACGAGAACAGAAAAGUCACUGUUUCAAGGAAAAGCCAUUCUUAUCCUGAUCAUCCAGACAGAUUCAUUGAAAGGUUUCAGGCUCUGAGCAAAGAGAGUCUGACUGGUCGUCACUACUGGGAGGUGGAGAGGAGAGGAGAAGGAUUUGACGUUGCAGUCUCAUACAAGAACAUCAGCAGAGGAGGGAGCUCUAGUGAAUGUGGAUUUGGAUUUAAUGACAAAUCUUGGGCUUUAGAGUGUGACUUUGACGGCUUUACAUUUUGGCACAACAGUAUGGAAACCCCCGUCUCCGGUCCUCUGUGCUCCAGAGUGGGAGUGUACCUGGAUCACGGAGCAGGUAUUCUGUCCUUCUACAGGGUCUCUCAGACCAUGACCCUCCUUCACAUAGUCCAGACCACCUUCACUCAACCGCUCCACGCCGGAGUUAACCUUUACUUUGGAGAAGGAGCUUCUGCAAAGUUCAUCAAACCUCAGUAG